GUCUGCUCUUGAUAACACUCAACUUAUAUCACACUAUAGAUCUCAAUGACUUGAGCCUCCGAGUCCCUGCGAUGAAGAAAUCUCUCCUCGAGCUUGAUCCUCAGGCAGAUGCACUCCUGAUUUUGCAGUGCCCUAACGCGCAAAAGACUACAUCGGCGGAAGAGAGAGAAGCAUGGGAUAGUGGUGAGGCUUCUCAAUCUGAGACAACGACAUCGCCUCAGACGGACAAAAAAAACUCUAUCAAAUCGCCCACAACUUAUGAGGAUCUAAGGUCGCUACAGCCAUAUCUAAACAAUGGUGAUCCUAAUAUGAUACAGUUCCAAGUAUCGACCAGGCAUCUAUGCAUCGUGUCACCAGUCUUCAGGGCUAUUAUCAAAGGGAGAUACAGAGAAUCUCAACCUAAUUCACAAGGCAUACUAGAAAUCGGGGCAUCGGACUGGAGUGCUGAAGCAUUCCUUAUCUUGCUUGAUAUUAUACAUGGUCAUCAUCGAGAAGUACCUAGACAGCUCAACCUGGAGAUCAUAGCUCAAGUUGGGUUACUCGUUGAUUACUACGACUGCCUCGAGAUUGUCCAAAUAUUCUUCGAUAGUUGGUGUUCGCGCCUUGAUGAUUGGGCCAGAUACAGUGGACCUUUUGACCCAUCUCCUGCCGAUAAGGCAGAAAGUUUUGGGAAUCGCGAAAUAAUCUUGCUAUUCAUCGCCUGGGCAAUUCGAGACGGAUCAGCAUUUUCAAACCUUGGAUCAAGAGCCAUAAACCACACAACGGGGCUGAUUAGAACGAAUCUCCCGAUACCGAGUCAAGUUUUAGCUAAAAUCAAUGAGUGUCGCGUCCAUACAAUCGACCGGCUCUUUUCUGAAAUGUAUGAGCUGCAAGAGGACCUCAUGGUCGGCCAAGCCGGCUGUUCUCUAGAAUGUUCUUGUAGGCUUCUUGGUUCAUUGAUGCAACAAAUGAGGGCAAAGGAUCUUCCAAUAACCAAGCCAGACAAACCUUUCUCCGGGUAUAAUUCGCCAUCUAUAUAUGAGAUUAUUCGGAGCAUACAAACUCCUGCGUGGCAUGCCUGCAAGCCUCACGAUGCUUGUCGGUUCGAGAGAAUGCUAGAUUCGCACGAUUGCGUGUUAGAAGAGUUGGUACCCAGUCUGAAACUAGAAGAUUUUCUGUAGUAGUAGUGCUAAGAAUUGCCGAAAAUUGAGUAUCAAGUGGUGCCAAAGGACUGGAAAUAAUCCUCAAUGACAUGUGGUUUCGUGCCAGUGAAUGACCUUGGGUGCCAGAAGUCCUGGGGAUAUAUGUCAUGGAAAUCGGGCUCGGGUUUCAGUGGACGUUGAGUCUGUGUUGUUAGGGAGCACAGAAGAUUCAAUGCCAAAAAAAAAACACAUUUGGGC